AUGGCGAAGUUCAAUGACGACAGUCAUCAACACGUCGAUUGCACAGAAAUCCUAAGCCCACAACCUUUUGCCCCUACAGGCAAAGGCUUCCUCGUGUCCACCCUCGAGUCCAGCAACGAGUCCGCCGAAAAUGCCCGUAUGUCCUCCACUCAAGAUUAUGAAUCCAACUCUUCCCCCUCCUCCAACCGCCAUUCAACAAGCGACGUAUUCGGCCGUGAAAUGGACGAUGACCUAAACCAACUAAAAUCCAGAGCAUCGAGUCGCUCAUCACUAUCCUCAAUUCCAGCCUCCGUCCUCAUCUAUCCAGUCGACAGGAUGAAGCAAAUGCCAAGUAUGGACAUCCACGAAAAGAGAGCCGACUACAGAACAAAAGAGUCUGAAGCUAGCUUCAGCGAUUUUAACACCGUUCCUGCUAUUGUCUGCACUAUCCGCCAGCGCGAAGCUGCCUUCCGAAAGCCGAGUUCCGUAAGAGCGAUGCAGAUGCAUACAGAAGACGAAGCCGACGACGACGAUUAUCUAACCCCCUCGCGCCGACGACAACGCCUCCACUCAGGGUCAUCUGGCCCCUCACCACUGAGACGAUUACAAUAUCACUUGCCCAAUACAUCGAAACAGCCCAAGACCAGACAGGAGGCGCCGCUAGUAUUGCUGCACUGCACCCUGCUUCCGCCGUCCAUCCCAGUACCUGGGGCAUCGGACCCCAGAAACCAGGGGAUCCUGGAGGACGAGCUACCGGCAGAAUACUGGAAGCGCUGGCUACGACUCAAAGACCGGGUUGGAUCGGGCGUGCUUCGCGAUCGCGGAGUGUUGAUCUCACACCCGGAGGAUCUAUACGAUAUUCUAGAGGAGCGACUGUUAGAGAGUCUCGAGCUGCAACGACCGCGCCUGCAGAAUGGGCACUUUGUGGGUCGGGAGGACAACACCUCUGGCUCUGGCUCUGAAGGGGAUUUCUCGGAUAUUGAAGAAAGCGAGACCGACGGCGAGCAGGGCGAUGAGUGUCCCGACUGUGGAACACAUGUACGACACGGAGAUAGUAACCGCAAAUGGGAGAUUCGGGUAUUUGCCGCGAACGGACUAAUGCGUUCUGGGGCGUGGGCUGCUGCGUGGCGAGAUAUGGAAAAGGUUGAUGUCGAGGUCGGGCUUUGGUUGCCUUCUGAUGUGCGCUUUGGCCUGGAGAGAAGGCUCGCGGAGGAGCAGAUGGCGGUCGUAGAGCAUGCUCAGACUCAGACUCCGCAGAUGCAGAUGCAAAUGCAGAUGUCGUCCCUGAUUAACAGUGUGCAUCAGGUCCCACCGGAGAUUCUGCAGUCGCCUAGGCAGAGCCAUGCUCGCAUUAUCAGUGGUAUGGGGUCUUUUCAGGCUGAUGGGAUGAUGUCCAGACAGGGUUUCCUUGAAGCUGGAACUCGUCUUGACCAUGCGCCUGAGUUUAGACGGGGAAAAAAGGAACGUGAGGUUGCUCUUUCGACUCUCUCUGUCAAUUCUAUUCGUGUUCUGGCGGCUGAUAGGCGCAACAUUGCCCUGCUUUUUCUCAGUAUCCUUGUGGCUUUCCUGGCUAUAGGUUCUUUUUCUCAGCAGUUCCCGGAUGUACCGAGCUUCAGCGUGGUUCCAUCUUUGGUUUCUUCUGCUUAUUCUGCGAGCUUGGGCAGUGCGGGCGAUAUAUUGGCCAUGAGCUCAGCUGACUCCAUGCCGACUAAGUCUGUGGGUGGACGUGAGAGGGAGGUGAUUCCAAUGUCUGAGAUAGUAAAGCCUGCUUCUCUGGCUGUUGACUCCCCUGAUUUUCAUGCUCAGCCUACAAUCUUGCUAGAGCCCACCGAAACUACAGCGCCACACCAGCUGCUGGAGAAUUCUCAGGCCCAACUAGAAGAGGCAGCAGAUUCUUCUUCUUCUACUUCUUCUUCUGCCGUUGGGACCUCAGAGCCCCCUCCUUCCACUGACUCUGUUAAGUCUUCCAUUCUGUCGGAUGUGUUUGUAGAGACUACACUCCCUCAGUCUGAGGAAAGCGCACUGAUUUCUCUGGGAAACACUGUGGAAACCCCUGCUGCGUCUACAGGGCCCUUCCCUUCUUCAACAAACUCUGAUGAAUCUUUUGUUCUGCCAGACAUGCCUGCAGAAAAUGACAUGCCCCAGCAUGAGAGCGAAGCAGAAUUUUCUUUGAAUAAUAGUGUUGAGCCUCUCGCUAUAUCUGCAGAGCCUUCUCCUUUCAUUGGCUCUAUCGAGUCUCCCAUUCUGUUGGAUGUGGCUACGGAGACUGCAGAUCCUUAUACUCAAGGCGAAGAAGAACAGCAAAGCGAAGAAGAUGAACAAAUUAUAUGA